AACAAUUAGUGGAUAAACGUAUCUGUGAGAGGUUUGGACGCAACUGAUUACCUUCUGCAGUAACCGCGAUCAGUUUUAUCCGCGCAAUAAUGUCAAAAUGUAAAUCGAUUCAUAGACGUGGGAAGAUGAUUAACCUUGAUACGACGUACGGACUUGACGAGAAUCCCCCCGAUGAGUUUAUUGCCAAAAUGAUUAGUUAUAAUACUGGCGCGCUUCCGCUUUUGAGUCAUUCGAUCGAUUAAGCCAGAAGAUAUUUGGCCAGGUUCCUACGGUGUCUAAUCAAUAAGGCAUCGCAUUAUCUUUUUACUUGAAUCAAUUGAUCAAUAUACUACGUAACACAGAAUGCAUUUGCUUGUGAUCUGAAUUAUCUACUUACUAAAGAAAUAGUAAAAAUAUUCUUUGCACGGUACAGCUACAAUUGAACGCAUCCUGGAAAACACUGUGGAACCCUUUCCUUCGUAUUCUGUAGAAACAACACUCGCCAGACUGAACUACUUCGAAAGACUUUGCAUUUUACAAAAUAGAGCAAUAAUUUUAGAAAUUCGCAAUUGAACCGUCCUCCCUAGAAUUUUCUUUACAACUUCGCAGCUGACGUAGAACCGUAAGGGUGCUCGAUGACAUAUAGUUAAGCAAUUACGGUUCAAUAAAAUAUGAGUCAAAAAGCACGAUGCUAUGACAGAAUGAUAGCGAUAAGAUCAACAGCUCUUUCUCGACCUGUUCGAGCAUUCAGUAAAAAUAAUGACAUCGAAGAACAAAGACUUUGUUAUCGCGAUGAGACCGUUCAAGAUUCUCUCCUGGUCUAUGGGCAUUUGGCCUCUUCAAGUUUACAAUUCGUUCGCUUUUAUACGUUACAUUUUCGUGGUCGGCCUUUUGAAAUGUAUCUGGAUGGAAGCGACGCCGAAGCGAAUCUGGAUGCUUUAAUGAUGACCGGAUGUAGUGUUUUAGCAGUGUCGAAGGUGAUAUGUUUCCGACUCUACUCUUCGAGAUUGAUCAUCAAUUUUUCCUCGGCUGCGAAAGAUUACAACGAGCUCGACAACGACAACUAUGACGACAAUAAGAAACGAACGAUCAUGCGACGACACGCGUACUUGGCCAAAGUAACGCUUAUCAGUCUGGUACUUUCCGCAAAUUUCUGUGCAGCUAUCUUUGCCAUUUUGCCUGUAUUGCUAAGUAACGAAGAGGAGAGCAACGUGACCGUGGAAGAUACGGUGAAAUACCCUAUGCCUUCGGCACACGUUAUAGAACUGGUCAAGUUUCCAGAGAGUUUGCAACUGAUAAUUUUCAUUAUGGAAUUCUUAAUGUUGGUGGUCACCACUAUCGGAAACCAAGGCAGCGAUGGUCUUUUCUUUGGUAUCGUUUUUCACCUGUGCGGUCAAGCAGAGAUACUGAAAAUAAAGUUUAACAAAGCGAUCGACGACAGUGAUAGAGAUGCAGAAAAUUUACACUUGUUAAUCAACAGACACGAUUAUUUAUUGAAAUUGAGCGUGAUGCUGAACGAUACAAUCAGUUUGGUUUUGGCUAUGCAACUGUUAGUCAGUUGUAUACUUAUUUGUACGUGCGGAUUUCAGUUCAUUCUCGCGCUGCACGAUGGAAAUGUUGUGAUGGUGAUAAAAACGUUCAUCAUACUGAGCACUUUGAUGAUACAACUGUUCGCGUACAGUUACUUGGGUAAUUACUUGAAAUGCCAAAUGGAUGAUAUAGGAUACUCUUCGUACAAUUGCAGCUGGUACAACCUUCCAACAAACGUGGCCAUGGUUAUUGUAAUCGUGAUCCUAAAAGCUCAGAAACCGGUUCAUCUAAUGGCUGGAAAGUUCUUCGUCGUCAAUCUGGAGGGUUUUAUGAGCAUUCUGAAGACUUCGAUGUCAUAUUUGUCGGUACUCCGCGUAAUGAUAAACACAAAAGAUAGCGAUAAGAUCAACAGACUGUUUCUCGACCUGUUCGAGCAUUCAGUAAAAAUGCGGACAUCGAAGAACAAAGACUUCGCUUACGCGAUGAGACCGUUCAAGAUUCUCUCCUGGUCUAUGGGCAUUUGGCCUCUUCAAGUUUACAAUUCGUUCGCCUUUAUACGUUACCUUUUCGUGGUCGGCAUUUUGUUAUUAAUGGUAGUGAUCCUGAACACUGAAAUGUAUCUGGAUGGAAGCGAUGCCGAAGCGAAUCUGGAUGCUUUAAUGAUGUCCGGAUGCGGUAUUUUAGCAAUGUCGAAGGUGACGUGUUUCCGUAUUUACUCUUCGAGAUUGAUCAUCAAUUUUUCUUCGGCUGCGAAAGAUUACAACGAGCUCGACAACGACGACGACAACGACAAUGAGAAACGAACGAUCAUGCGACGACACGCGUACAUGGCAAAAGCAACGCUUAUCAGUAUGGUAUUUUCCGCAAAUUUCUGUGCAGCUAUCUUUGCCAUUUUGCCUGUAUUGCUAAGUAACGAAGAGGAGAGCAACGUGACCGUGAAAGAUACAGUGUCAUACCCUAUGCCUUCGGCACACGUUAUAGAGUUGGUAAAGUUUCCAGAGAGUCUACAACUGAUCGUUUUCUUUAUGGAAUUCUUGAUGUUGGUGGUCACCAGUAUGGGAAACCUUGGCAGCGAUGCAUUUUUCUUCGGUAUCGUUUUUCACCUGUGCGGUCAAGUGGAGAUACUGAAAAUAAAGUUUAGCAGAGCGAUCGACGAUAAUGGUAGAGGUGCAGAAAAUUUACACUUGUUAAUCAACAGGCACGAUUAUUUAUUGAAAUUAAGCGUGAUGCUGAACGAUACAAUUAGUUUGGUUUUGGCUAUGCAACUGUUAUCCAGUUGUAUACUUAUUUGUACGUGCGGAUUUCAGUUUAUUCUCGCGCUGCACGAUGGAAAUGUUGUGAUGGUGAUAAAAACGUUCAUUAUACUGAGCACUUUGAUGAUACAACUGUUCGGGUACAGUUACGUGGGUAAUUACUUGAAGUGUCAAAUGGAUGAAAUCGGAUAUUCUUCGUACAAUUGCAGCUGGUACAAACUUCCAACAAACGUGGCCAAGGAUAUUGUGAUCGUGAUCCUAAAUGCUCAGAAACCGGUUCAUCUAAUGGCUGGAAAGUUCUUCGUCGUCAAUCUGGAGGGUUUUAUGAGCAUUCUGAAGACCUCGAUGUCGUAUCUCUCGGUUCUACGCGUAAUGAUUAACGCAUGAUUCAUCUAUACUAGUUAUCGCUAUAGUUUUAGCGCUAGGAGUACCUAAUUUCUUUGAAAAAGGAAGGACGUAAAAUUAAUAAAGUAAACGUUGAUUCUUGUCUAA